AUAGCUAUUUUAUCAAAUAUUAAUAAUAAGUGUUUUUUUUAAAUGGCGGCUUUAAUAAAGAAACGAGUACUAGCUGAAUUUACUCAAAGCCAGGUUAUCAAUGAACAACCGGCCAAACGACUAAAGACUCUCAGGUUACUGUCAACUGGUGUAAAAAGCGAAAGCAGUUCGGCAUUAGUUUACGUAGAAUGCCUUGAGAAAUGUAAGAGUGGAAAUGAUGCAUUACAGCUGCUUGUACGUAUCUCAGAUGCUAUAGCAUGCAUAACACCAGAAGACGUUCCUAUAGCCGUAAAGAAGCUAGCAGAAAGAUUUUCUGUAGAAACUGAAGCCGCAGUUAGAACAAAAAUUUUUUGGGUGUUUGCUGAGUUGGGAGAAGUUACCCCUGACACAGCAGAAAAAGCAAACAUUGUAAAUGAAACAGCUGAACUCUUGAAAAAUGAAGAAUCACAUAGAGUAAAGAGUCAGGGAUUGGCAACACUAUUAAAGUUAGGAGAAUAUCAAAGGACACUGGUAUUGAAAAUUGCCCAAGAACAUCUGCCUGAUACAUGGCAUGGUGUUCAAACACGGUGUCUUUCCAUCAUUGGGCGUUAUCUAACAACAAAUGUUGCUGACAAUAUCUUGACAUUAAUCAGCAAUUAUGCUCGCUCUCAAGAUCCGAGAGUACGUGCUCAAGCUUUUGAAACUAUGGCGGAAUUGCACUCUCACAGAGGUUGCAGACUCCCUGCAAGUUUUUUCAAAGAAGCUUGUGCAGCUCUACGUGAUGAUUAUGAGAUUGUACGGCGAGCUGUUCUCAAACUUAUUUGGCUCUUGGGUAGAGAGUAUCCAGAAAAUAUCGUUGUUGGAUCUGACGGAGAAGAUAUACGUAUGGUAGAUUGUGCUUUUUCACAAAUUUGCAGUCUGAUGGGUGAUUUAUCGCCUCGUGUGAGAGCCUCAGCAAUGUCCCUUUUAGGAACAAUGAAGAGUGUAUCACAUCGUUACAUCGAACAAGCAUUGGAUAAGAAACAAAAAGUAGUUGAGGCGGAUAGGCCUGAAGUUGAGGAACGAAGCGGUUCUUGCGGAGCAUUUAUUCACGGUUUAGAAGAUGAAUUUUUAGAGGUGAGAACAGCAGCAGUUGAAGCACUUUGCACACUCUCGUUAGAACAGCCGAGUAUAGCUAGAAUUUCGUUAGAUUUCAUGGUGGACAUGUUCAACGAUGAGAUUCAGGACGUUAGAUUAAGAGCUAUCGAAUCUUUAAGGACAAUGUCGGCAAGCGUGACUCUCCGAGAGGAUCAGUUAGAAACAAUCUUGGGCGCGUUAGAGGAUUUUUCAGGAGAAGUGAGAGAAGGAUUGCAUGCUAUGUUGGCUGCUAGUCAUCUUGCCACUACGAAUUGUCUUUACAUGUGUGUUAACCGCUUGUUGGAUAAUUUGUCUCGUUAUCCUCAAGAUAAGGAGAGCAUCAGGAGCUGUUUAGCGGCAUUAGGCGCAUCUCAUCCGUAUUUAACGUUGCCUUUAGUGCCGGAACUUCUUGGCCGACAUCCUUUCUUCGACACACCCGAGCCGGAUGUAGACGAGCCGUCUUACGCAAGCGUCCUUGUUUUGAUAUUCAACGCCGCGUUACACUGUCCAAGUAUGCACGCUCUUUUCACGGAACACGCUUCCAAGCACUAUCAUUAUCUGCGUGAUACCAUGCCACAACUGGUUCCGCGAUUGCGGCCAACACUCAGCAGUUUGAGCACUAAAAUAGAAGAUGUGGACAAUGAAGAGGCCAGAAAUCAACGUGGUCGAGAGUUCUUGGAAAAGAUGGUGGCCGGUAUCGAAAACACCAGACCAGGAAGCAGAGUUCACACGCAGCUCUUAGAAGCCGCUGCCACUGAUCUCGAUCGCUUGGCUGAGAUGGAUCAUCAUAUGGAGGGUGCAGUGCGUUUUACCGCUCUGUAUAUUCGAUGCCUAUUGUUGUUGAAGUCCGUUCUCAAAGAAUUUUCCAUACUGUCGACAACGUCAGUCUCGGUCAGUCCGAUACCGACUACCAGCAACAAUGUCUCCGUUCUUCUUCAACAUGCGCAAAAGUUGCAACGUUUAUUCAGCGGAUUAGGCGACAACGAAAUUACACUCGCUAACGAUAUGUGGCUGAAAGCGCUGGCCAUAGAAUUGGUCAGAGUAACAAAGAGCGCUACCGGCAGCGCAUUACCAUUGGCUCGUCACUUUUUAUCGGAAGCCGAUGCUUUGCCCGAGGACACGUCGAGAUUGCCACCGUUUUCAAGAGCCCUUGUUCUACAAAUACCGAGCCUGGCGGACAUAAAACCAGGUUCCUUGACGCGGCUUUUGAUACCAUUGCUCUUGACGCCGAUCGCGCAAGGAGAAGAACGAUUGCCAAGACCGUCGGUGACAACGCGUUUCUGUCGAGCACAUAUUGAAGAACCAAGAGGUGAUGCCGACGCCGCGCUGAAAUUCACGGGUGGCCUCUUGCUUGGAAUUCCCUUGAAUGCCAAAAUAUUAAAUCUACGCGAUCCCGCGACUCUGCGAAUAAAACUGAGACAUCCGGAUCAACAAGUGCAAUUACUUUUGCCGCGACAGUCGGACUUGCGCUUACAACAUCCGAACAGUCAGGAUUAUCGGCUGAGGACGACGGUUCUUCUCUCACAUCAAGUAUGGAUGGAGCCUUGUAACGUAGAGAUUUCCUUAGCACUGCUAGUGCCUUCGUCCUCGAUUUGCAUACACUCACCUUUGGACGAUCCUUGCGUGAUUGAUCUGUGUAAACCUACCAAGGUAUCAAUUGCGCCAAAAGCCAUUAAAAGAGGCAUAUAAAUUUAUAUCGUCGACUACCGGGAUACCGCGUUCUUCGUAAACGUCAUUUAUUUUCUUAACCGGUAAGCGAAUUUGUUUAUUUUCUAGAAACUGUCUGCGUUUUAACUGGCAGUAAGUAAACAAAUCCAACUUGAUCGGUUAAAAAACAGUCGACAAGUAUAAAACAUAUCCGAAUAAACUGCAAAUAAAUCUUGCUUCUACAGUUGGAAUAAAUCUUGCGUCUACUUAUAUUUUAUUAUCAUUUAUUUUUUUUUAUAUUAUUUGAGUGAAGUUAUACGUAUACAUGAUUUGAGAAAUUAAAAUGUUUUGUAAAUGAUUCAGCAAUAAAAUGAAUUAUAUAAUUA